CUUAUAUUAGAUAUCUAUGUAUCCACAUUUUAUUGACACCGAUUUAUAUCCCUACCUAAGCUAUAUGUAGUCGUAAGUAGCGAAUUUAUCCCUUCUUUCGGAUGACAAACAAAAAUGAACGAGUUUACCAUGCGUAAGUGUGGCUAAGUCCUAUUUUUAUUUAGAAACCGACAACGUUUCGACGUCAUCAAUUGGGAAGCUAGCCACCAAAUUUAAUUGUUCUAGCGCGCGAUCCCAACGCGAGACUAAUAUGAACCACUUUGUCUAGUCUCGGAGUAUCACUGUCAUCCAUUGCUUGGGAGACACGCACGUGGGUGGAAUCGUUGUGGAUUUGUUUAUUACCUCCAUUCGAGAACAUAUCAUAAAUUGAUUUCUUUCAUACUCCUCAAGGGGUUGUGUGUUGAUAUCUUAAUGGAUAGGAUUGUGGAUUAUCGUAUUCUUUCAACACGAUGAUUCUGGGUCCCGUCUCGUAUCUGGAUUGCGCAGUUUUUUGUGCAUUCCUGGCGCCCCAGCUGAUAAUACACGUCGGAUUUCUCGAGACCGUCUUAGUGGCACUUCAAUGCUUGCCAUUUUUAUUAUUUGAACUUCCGUUCAAGUUUAUCCGCGAACGAUACGUUGUUGGAUAUAAUAGACAAUCUCCAUUUGUACAGAAGGCGUCUGCAUUUGAAGACUUCGUCAUUCGUUGUGUCCGAUAUGCAUUUGAAAAGAUACCUCCCAAGGUUGGGCGGGUGUUCUUUUCUAAGCCUGUGGCCUUACCAUUCUUGAGGUUUCGAAUGCUGAGGCAUGGUCUUUUGAGAUCCCCAGUACAUUGGCACGAGUAUAAUGAUAAACGCUUUAAAGGAAUAUGGAUCAUAAAAGACCCAAUGACGAAACCCGACAUUUGCGUGUUCUACGCUCAUGGUGGCGGGUUCUCGAUGGGCUCGGCGUACUUCUACCUCGAAUUUCUGCUCACAUGGUUUAGUCUACUGAGUGACAAUGGGUAUCGAAAUCCAGCUAUCUUUGCAUUGGAUUAUACGUUGGUCCCCGAGGCUAGCUUCCCGACACAGUUAGAAGAAGCAAUUGCUGGAUAUGAACACGUUCUUUCGACUGUGCAGGAUCCCAAUAAGAUCUGCGUCAGUGGAGACUCGGCGGGUGCUACUGUAGUGCUGAGUUUGUUGCUCCAUCUUAGCAAUAUAGGUCGCCAUCUUGAAAAGAUGGAUAGUUCUGGAGCCUGGCGUCUGUCAAAACCUGGUAUGGCAGUACUUAUUUCGCCUUGGGUAAAGUUGGUCUCGGACAAGCAUCAGAAUACCACAAGUGAUUAUCUUGAUGCCGGGAACUUGCAUCAAUAUGCCCGUCAAUACGCCGGGCAAAAAGUUUCCGUCAAUGAUCCGCUCUUGUCGCCGGGAGACUGUAGGGAUGCUUCAUGGUGGAAAAGUGCAGCGCCUUCGAAAGGCAUGUUCGUGACUUAUGGUGCUGAAGAGGUGUUUGCGCCCGAAGUUGCAGAUCUACUUGAAUUUCUUGAAGAAAACGAUGUGAAAGUUCAUAGUAGAGAAGAAAAGGGAGGGAUCCACGCUUGGCCAGUAGCUUGUCUAUUCCUAAGCACAUCGUUGGAUGAUAGACAAAAAGGAUUAAAAUCCAUAGUGGAGGAAAUUCGAAAUGGUAUUUCAUUAGAUCAAAACUAGACUUGUAUAAUAUUAUACUAUACUAUACCACAUUGUAUAAGAAGUGGGGAGAGAUGGGGCCACUCGGCGCAAGGCUUUUGUUGUAUACCUAAAGUACCUAAUAUAAAUCGAGAUACUUCAAAUAUUUGCUUCUUUGCGUCUUCUUUGCUUAUGUCAUGUCAGAUUAGAUCAAGUAACGCCAUCAUGGACCAUACAAUAGAGAAGAAACCAUAGGGCGUAAACACUCGGCUUCUAAGCUGAUUGUAUUAAAAUCGGUCUCCGGACAAAGCUCUUU